AGUCAGUUGGCUGCGAACCGUUAGAGUGAUAGGUUUAAAAAAAAAUCAAACCCAUUUGAAACGAUAUAUUUUCGAGAGCAAUAUACCGCGCAUUUCAUGUGUGUUUCGACAAGUUUGGAUGGAAUUUAAUGUAAUUGAAUAGUGGUUGAGAUCGAUAUAUAUAUAUAUUUUUUUUCAUCGCUCGUCAAAGCACAUUUUCAUCAAUUUUAUUAUUGGCGUUUGAUCGCUUCAUUUGUUCCGCCAAUUAAGUGUGUGUAAAUAUGAUCACCGAUCACUUGAUCUCGUUCGAUUCGUUUUGAUUUAUUCGUGUGUGCAUUUAGUUUUUUUUUUCUCGUUUGAAAAGUGUUUUGUGUCUGUUUUAAUCGGUAAUAUCAAAAUUCUUGGUUUUAUGCCACACUUUUUUUUCGUGUGUAUUUUAUUUAUCUGUUGGAGUUCAAUCUUAUGAGUGAUAUUCAUUUUCGUAUCAGAUUUAACCGAAUUGAUCAAAGUGAUCGCGGGCGCUCGCGCGCACGCUUAUUCAACGAAAAAAAAGAAGUAACAAAUCAUUUUGAAAAUAGAGGAAUUAAAAAAAAAAACAAACAUAAACAGACACAAAGUGUGCAAGUGAGAUAGUUUUAACGCAGACGACAAAAAUUCAAAUUGCAUUUGCAAUCACAUCGACGACAAACGACGAUUAGUCAGUUACAAGAUCAAGAAAGAAUGCUUGUCGAGAAAUAUCAAUCAUUUUCUGUAAUUAUUCUGUUAUGUUUGCUGAGUGUGAUUGCCAAGGGCCACAAAUGUGUUCUUAAUCCAUACUAUCAUCCAGUUUGCGGCAGCGACAUGAAAACAUAUGGAAACAAAGAUAUCUUGGAUUGCUUCAAUCGUCAACGGCCACGAAUUCGACAUGUUCGAAUAAUUUAUCAUCGCGAAUGUGAUCCGCUUAUAUGUCCAAGUUAUAGCGAUUUACAAGGACCAUGGCCGGAUCAUUACAAGGCGCCGGUUUGUGCGAACAAUGGCUACACCUAUGGUCAUCUUCAUCAGGUGCGAUGCUUGCGCGAUUUACAACCAGAUAUUCGAGUUAUACAUGAAGGCAGUUGUACAUUGCACGAAACCUAUCGAGCGCUUGGACGGAAUGCACAUGUAAAAGCAUGCACAUCACCGCGUCGAUUAUUCGAAAAGAAUCCAAUUUGCACGACAAAUAAUCAAACGUAUGAAAAUCCAUUCAUGGCCAUUUGUAUGGCUGGCAAUGUGCAACAUGUACGCGAAAAAGUCGGCGGCACUUGCGGAAGUCAAACUCAACGAAGUUGUGAAAAAGUUCGAAAAAUACAAGAAUCACUAAAAAUCGCAUCGAUAACUGAACGAACCAAGUUUCUUGCUUGCGGCAGUGAUUUACGCACUUAUCGCUCUGAACAUCAUCUCGAAUGCUCCAAACCAUACAAUCGAUUUCUGUUCUUAACUCACUUCGGUCGUUGUAAUGACUUUGGAAACAUUUGCCCCGAGAAACUGAAAUAUAUCGCAGUCGCAUCACCAGUGUGUGGAACCGAUGGCCAUUCAUAUAUUUCUUUUGAAGCACUACUAUGCGCACGGUUUAGAAUGAACAAAAAUCUAAAUUAUCUCCAUUCCGGUGCGUGUAUUUGAGAGCGUACGAUGCCGUUUACCAUCUCCCUGCUUCUCUUUCCGUCUCGUCGUCAAAUUAUUCUCAAUGUCAUUGUCGAUAAAUUAACACACAAUUCGCCAAUUCGACGAUUAAUUCUAAUUUGGAUCAAGAGCCGAUUUCCGUUCGUAAUCAAUAAAAACAAACACAUAUUUCGCAUGCAAAUUCCAUGGCCUUUGUAAAUCAGCUCAAUGUUGUAACAUAGUUUUUUUAGUUGAAUAACACACAAUUGUAAUAAUUAUUUUAUGUAUUUCAAAAUUUUACGAUGGAA